AUGUUCAAAUCCGUUGACCCAAAUCAAACCCUAAAAAUCUCAAAUCUUCAAACAAACAAACAAUUUCACAUCGAUUUUGAUUCAGAGCUUCAAGAUCUGUUUGAUUACACCCUCAGAUCUCACCCUGUUCCAAAAAGUGAGUCUGUUCAUAUCAGAGAAAUAUGGAAUGAUAAUCUUGAAGAAGAGUUUGCUUUGAUUCGAGAAAUUGUUGAUGAUUACCCUUAUAUUGCAAUGGAUACUAGAGAUAAUGUUGAUAUGUUGAAAUCGAUUCAACUGGGUCUUACUUUUUCUGAUGAAGAUGGGAAUUUACCCACUUAUGGGGCUGAUAAGCCUUGCAUUUGGCAGUUUAAUUUUCGCAGGUUUAAUGUCAAUGAAGAUAUCUUUGCAAAUGAUUCGAUCGAGAUGUUAAGGCAGCGUGGGAUUGAUUUCAAGAAUAAUAGUGUGAUUGGUAUAUAUAGAGAGAAGAUAGGUGGUUGUUCUGAUUUCAAGGUGGUGGUUGAUGGUGGUGGGCGGUCGCCGACGGUGUUGAUGAUGGUGGCUGGGUAG